AUGCGUUUCAAGUCAGCUUCGGAGGCGUACCUGGAGAUUCGGCAAAGAGAGUUGAAUGAAAAAACGUCUGCUGCUUUAGUCGAGUACUUGAGGACGUUUCAUCGAAUUCUGCUCCAUGAUCUUAAUGAGUCCGGGUUCUGGAGGGCUGAAUUCGAGGAGUUUGCCGACAGCAAGAGAUUCACUUUCACAGUCGACCGUCAGACGGCACUCAUAUCGGUAGAAGACAAGAGCGAUAACCCAGUCGUCAUGAUUUCCCGUCUGUUCCUCGACAAUCGAGGGGAGCACAUCAACGAUGAAAUCGUUGAGGUAGCUGAUGGAAAGUUCAGAGCUUGCCUCGCGUUGUACAGCCAGCUUCUUAUUCAUGACCUCUGGAUCCUGCAACACUACUACGACGAAGACGGAGGCGACAGGACUACAGUCAACCCGAUUACCGGUUUCAUGAUCCUACCUUCUUUUGAGGACGAAUCAGAUUAA